GCUCAAAGGGGCUGACUAGGGGGUAUGACACACCGGGACAGUCAAUUUGGUCGUGGGCUAUUCCUAUGCCUUCAUCAUCCUAAUUAGUGACAACGUGAAUGCUACACAUCAUGGAAGAGGGAUCUAUCGCACAAGAAAGAAACGAGUAGGCUCAAAUCUCACAUGGCUACCUAUAUGCUCUAUCUCUCAUUCUGAUUCCCUGAACUAGAUGCAUAAACGACUAUCAAGAGCAAGUGAUCAAUCCAAGUCACAGUUGGUAAGCAAACAGUUGAAAAACUGAAACCCUACAUAACUCUACUACAUGUCUCAGUCAUCAUUAUAGGUUGUCUUAGUCACGAUCCAGUUGUCAUGCAUCAAUUCCAACAGCCAAUCAAUUCAUCAUUAAACACAGUGCCAAUAUGAUCAAGCAAACAGCAGUACUUGGAGCCCUCAAAUCUCGAGAUUUGGACAACGGACUAGGCUCCAAGCACACAACUCACCCAGCAGUCAAAGAUAGAGAAACACCCCCCACACUUAAGCACGACAUUUCCCUCAAUGGAGAUGAGGGAAAGAGAAGGGGAACGAUGUUACCGGGAUGUAAAACUACCGGAGACUGGAAAUGGACCAGUCAGCGGGGGACAGACGGAACGAUGGAACAAUUCUGCACGAUGAGAACACAAACAACACACUAGCACACUGUGCGUUAGGGAUCAGUGUUAGCCCAGAUGGGCACAAAACAAACAAUCCAACUAAAGAAAAACAAACACACAAAUGACUCAUUUCAAGAUCCUCACACACAUGGAGCAAACAAGAAAAAUCCCAAACACAAACACACUCAAAGAAGCGACGAGUACAGCCUACUCGUCGCCGAGGUUGUCCAAGUCAAUGUCGUCCAUGAAAGCAUCGUCACUGGCUGGCGGAGGUGGGAGUGGGGAAUCCUCCCAGGGAGUCCUCUAGACUGGGUGCUCGCCCGGUAUCUGCUAGAGCAGGUGCUUCUGAACCUCCUGCAUACGACGAGCCCGACCACGCUCCCUCUCAAUGUGAGCAAGGGUUACCCCCUGCCGGGCCUGCAUGCGGUCGAGGCGCUCAUCAUAUGCAGCCAUCCGGGUGCUAUACUCGGCCUGGGGAGUCAAGUACUGCUGCUGGAACUGGAGAUGAUGGUCGAGGAGCUACUGGUUCUAGAGAUUCAGCUGCUGGAACUUAUGAGUGAAGUAGUCUUGGGAUGGAAAUGCGGAGCUACUACCCCCAUACUCAUAGGAGGUGUGGUAUGGGGCGGUGUGGGCGGCAGCAGCGUCUCCAUCAUCGGGAUGGUCAUCCUCAGCGGCAGCAUCCUCAGGAACUGCGGGCUGAUCCAUCGCAGGGAGAGGUGGUGGAGGAAACCCCUCAAUCCACUUGAUGCCGCGCACGACUCGCAGCAGGUACAUCUUCGAGACCAUCUCUUCUCCGGAAACCGCAGUGUCUCCCUGCUCUGUGCAAUCCUGAUAGGGGAUCUGGAAAUAGGCUGCCAGGCGGGUGAUGAGUGGGGUGCAGUGGAGGGCAGGUUCAAGAAGGCGCGCCUAGCCGCACACCUAGGCUCAAUUAGGCGCUAGGCGGUGGAGGAUCGCCUUGACUUGGCCAUAGGGGUUGUAAAAGGCGCUGGUAGCGCUUAGCAGGUAGGAAUAGCGCUUAGUUUGGGCCUAGUGGAGAGAAGGCCUGCCUGGGCGUUCCUGGGCGAGCUUAGGCUGUUAAACCCAAUACUCUUCGUUUUGUCCUAGAAAAUCAGAAACUUGCCUCUUGCCCUAGAAAAUCAGAAACACGGGAAGUAACAUCUACUGCCGCCUGCCGCCCUAGCUCUCGCCCCAUCUGCGACCACCUGCCGCCCUAGCUCUCGUUCCGUUUGCUGCUCUCUGCCGCCGUCGAAGAAAGUCAUCAAUCACUCUUCUCGCCUUCACAUCACUUCGCUGCUAUAGUGGGAAAUAAAGUCGAAACUCGUCA